GCUAUUCUUUAGAUUCAUACCACACAAAAGCACAUUAUUAGAUUGGAAUUUUAAUGAAAAAUAACGAGUCAUGAUUAAUUAAAGAUAUUGGAACCUUACAAAAUCGCUAAACGUGAAAACUUUGUUGUUUACAAAUAUUAGCUUGUAUCAAUGUUAUAUAUUGUUUCUUUAUUUGUUAAAUAUUUAAGUUUUGUUACUCACAGAGAAUUAUUCAUUUAUCUGAUCAGUCAUCAAAGUUUUCUGCAAAUUCUUUUUAAAGGGAAAUUGUGCUGAUACUUAAUUUGAAUCUUUAUUUCUGAAUUUAUCUUGCAAUAGAAUUAUGACUGAAGAAAAUAAAUUUUUAGGCAAGUGAACUUUAAGUUUUAAUAAAUAAACCCAUUAAUUUAAAAUUAAAGUUCUCAAUUUUCGUUAUCAUUAAAUCUCAAAUCAGAUAUCUGCUGUCCAAUACUGACACUUGAUGAAUUGUUGAACAAUCAAAAUGAUAAACUUCAUUGGGGUGACAAGGUCGAAGCUUUAGUCAAUCGAUCAUCACCAAUAUCUCCAGCCACUACUUUCUAUUCAAUGGACAGCGAUACAAAAUUAUCUAUCGACAAUCGUCCAGAAGUGCUCGUUUGCCAUGACUAUAAAGGAAAUUAUCUAGACGAUAAGUUUAUCGACGGUGGUUUAAAAUGGGAGGACUAUCGUUUUUACAACUGGAGUGUCGUUGACAUUUUCUGUUACUUUUCACACAAUCUUGUAACGAUUCCAACUCUUCAAUUCAUUAAUGCUGCACAUCGGAAUGGUGUUAAAGUUAUUGGAACUUUAAUUUUUGAACAUGAUGAAGGUAGAAAGGCUAUAAACGAUAUGUUGAUCGAUAAAAUGCAGACUGAAAAAGUAGCGAAUGCUUUAAUUGAUAUUGCGAAACGCUUAAGCUUUGAAGGAUGGCUAUUGAAUGUUGAAGUGUCUGUAAAUCCCAAAAAACUGCCAUUUUUGAAACAUUUUGCAAAUUUUAUUACUAAAAAGACUCAUCAAGAGAUUAAAAAUGGAUUAAUUCUGUGGUACGACUCCGUGAGUGCUGUUGAUGGAAUUUUACAUGGACAAAGUGAACUGAAUAGUCAUAAUAGUGAAUUUUUUGAACUAUGUGAUGGUAUCAUCACUGACUAUAAAUGGAAGCAAGAUCAUGUUGAAAGAACAUCAAUAUUGAUUAAUGAAAAGUAUCCUAAUAGAAGAAAGGAUGUUUUCUUUGGAAUUGAUAUCUUUGGAAGAGGUCAAAUUGCUGGGUUUAGAACUAACGAGACACUUUCAAUAAGUGCAGCACAAAACUUUAGUACAUCAAUAUUCGCACCUGGAUGGACAAUGGAACACAUUGACUCUAAGAUUGUAACGAAUGAGAGUAGUUUAAAUAAGGAGUUUCUUGAAAGAAAUGAUCAAUUUUGGAACAUAUUGUAUAAAUACUUUUAUAUAUUUGGUCCGAAAUCACUUCCAUUUGUCACAAACUUUUGUAUUGGAUCUGAUGCAUUUAAUGGAGGAAGCUGCUUGUCAAUCGACACGAAUGAAUUGACUAGAAUUUUCACUUGCGAACUUCCAUGUAAAGAUGGAUUGAUAUUUUCAUUCACAUUCAAGAAGAGAGUACCCCUUAACGAUCUUGAAGUACAUUUGAAUGUCCUGAACACAGCCACAAAUCUUGGAUUAAAAAUUGUUUGUAAAAAGCAAGCGAAUCUUGCAAAUGAAAUUUCGUCUUUGAAGACUGAAGAUGUUCAAAUAUUGAAUGCUUUUCUAACCAACAAAGGAUAUACACCAAAUCCUGAAGUCAUCAAUGCUUGGGAAACUCAAUACUUUUUGUUAAAGUUUAACAAAAGCUCAUCUAAGAACAUAAUAGUCACAGACAUUGGUGUGAAGAAAAUCCAUAAAAGAAAAGUUUUCUUAGGACAAAUAGCUUUUUAUUCAGCAAUUGACUUUGAAAGUGAUUCUAUUAGACCGAUAAAAAUUGAGCUGUAAAGAAAUGAAAUAAAAUGAUUUUUUAAAGCUAGC